AUGGCUACUACUGUACCCUCGACCCAUUCCCCUGUUAAAGUCUGGACUACCGAACCUGUCCACCAAAAUCUCGACCCGUUUUCUUCCGAACGUCUCAUCUUUCGAGCUCUCCUCGACUCGGAUUUUCCAGCAUAUCACACGAUAUUGAGCCAAGAAGAAACAAUGACUAAAGUUGCUCGAUCCUGGUUCAACUAG